ACUAAAAGAGAGGACAAAAACAUGUCAACUUGACGUUCGCUGUCACGACACCCACGCAUAUCAAAUUCGCGAAAAAAAUAUUUGUAUUUACUCGUUUUGAUCUAAAUACUUUUUGUUUAUUUCGAUUCAAAGAUCUGGAAAGAUUUUUGGCAUUAGAUUGCAAAAUGAUGUGCCUUCUAAGUAACUAUCGCUUUUCUAUUAUGUUGAAAUUCCGAAGGAAUCCUUCUACUGCCAGAUUACUCCUACCUUCAUUACAAAAAUUCACUACCACCUCUAGACAACAUGAACAACAACAAAACAAUAACCAUAAAAAGCAUACAUUUUACUAUUUACUGCCCACUGCAGGACUUCUUACAGCAUUUUGUACUUAUCAAUUCAUUAAAAAUAAAGAUUCUUUUGCGAUAAACUUUCUGCCCAGUGUUCAAGCAAAAACACUGCCCACCACAAAAUCAAAUCGUCGAAAUGAAUAUAAUUUCAUUGCCGACGUAGUGGGCGAAUGUGCAAACACUGUAGUCUACAUUGAAAUCAAAGAUGAACGUCGCGUAGAUUAUUAUACUGGAACACCAGUAACAGCUUCCAAUGGAUCUGGAUUCAUAAUUGAAUCGAAUGGUCUAAUCCUCACAAAUGCUCAUGUUGUGAUUAACAAACCACAUACCACCGUCCAAGUGCGUCUCGCCGAUGGUCGUACAUUUCCUGGUGUAGUUGAAGAUGUCGAUCAAUCUUCUGAUUUAGCUACAGUUCGUAUUCAAUGUAGUAAUCUGCCAGUGAUGAAAUUAGGUCAAUCAUCAUCACUGCGGACUGGUGAAUGGGUUGUUGCUUUGGGUAGUCCUUUAUCGCUUAGUAACACUGUAACAGCCGGUGUUGUGAGCAACACACAAAGAGCUUCCCAAGAAUUGGGAUUGAAUAAUUUGAAUAUAAAUUAUAUACAAACGGACGCCGCUAUUACAUUUGGUAAUUCUGGUGGACCGUUGGUAAAUCUCGAUGGAGAGGCAAUUGGUGUUAAUAGUAUGAAAGUUACAUCUGGUAUAAGCUUUGCUAUACCCAUAGAUUAUGUAAAAGACUUUCUGCUGCGCAGUAUUGAGCAGAGAAGUAGUAAAAAAGGAGGCGCACUACGAAAAGGAUAUCCAAUGCGUCGGUAUAUGGGGAUAACAAUGCUAACACUGACUGAUGAUUUAAUGCAUGAAUUGAAGACGCGUAGCCGAACUGUUCCAAGUGAGGUGCAACAUGGUGUAUUGGUUUGGAAAGUAAUUAUAAAUUCACCUGCACACACUGGUGGUUUGGCUCCAGGUGAUAUCAUAACGCACAUUAAUGGGAAAAAAGUAGCAAACUCCAAUGAUAUUUAUGUAGCUUUAGCUGAAAAUACAAAAGCUCUUGAGAUGAUUGUUUACAGAGGUUUUGAAAAGAUGAAAAUCACUGUGAUACCUGAGGAUCCUUAAGAAAGAGAGAGAUAAUUUAUAAUUGAAAUACAAUAUUGAUUGUUAUACUUUUAUACCUAUACUUUUCU